CUGAAAGCAAAGGCUAUCGCUUCCGGAAGACCGGGCGGCUAGAUUUGCUUGGGAUCCCGGAUGUCGAUGGAAAUCCGAUGGAAGCGCAUUGGAGGAAUAUCAUCCGGAUAUCAGAAAUGCCCUGGGUUCAAGACCACAGGAUCAAUAACGCAAUUUUGUAUCCCGCUGCGGGAAUGGUGGUUAUGGCGAUUGAGGCAAUUAAACAACUUGCUGAUCCAGACCGAAGUAUCGCCGGCUUUACCGUCAAAGAUUGCAAGUUUAUUUCGCCGAUACAUAUCCCCACUCACUCCGAUGGGGUCGAGACAAAUAUCCAUGUUAAGCGAGUAAAGGAUGGCAAAUCUGACAGCUCAGGCUGGCAUGACUUUCGGAUCUGCUGCUACGACAAGGACACCUGGGUCGAGAACUGCACUGGUUCUAUCCAAGUGAGCUAUGAGUCCAACGAGUCAGGGAUGAACACAAAUGGUCGCGAGAAUGCGGAAUGGCACGCCUCUCUUAUGAGGGCUUACCAUGAGGCCGCGCGGUCAUGUGCUGCGUCUGUUGAUACAAAGAAGUUCUACGAGGAAUUGAUUGAAUAUGGAUAUCAGUACGGUCCAGCUUUUGCCGCCAUUACAGCUUUAACUCGGAACAAUGCUAGCAGCCAACACCUCGUCUCUAAGAUUCGCACAUUUGUUGGAACUAGCGCAAAGGACUCGCAAGUCGUGCAGCCCCACACAAUCCAUCCUACCACGCUAGACGCUGUCAUUCACAUGAUGACCGCAAUGGUCAUGAAAGUUGCAGGCCAGGAAGAAUCCGUCGCUGUACCUACCCAGAUAGAAAAACUCUGGAUAUCUAAUACGGGAGGGCUGAGCUAUCCACAUGCACACGCGAUUAAGGCUUAUGCCAACUCGGAUGGAUCAACCGUGACCGAUUCUCGGUACUCGAUGAUUGCGUUUGAUGAAGGCCUCACCAAGUCCCUGCUUAACUUAGAAGGGUUAAGGGUUACUAAUAUUGCAAAUUCAAUCGAGCGGAAUUCUGAAGGUGAUUUCCUUGCGGAUAAUCUCUGCCACCAUGUUGAAUGGAAGCCGGACAUGGACCUUUUAAACAACGCCGAGACGAAUGUUUUCUGCUCGAGCACUGAGCUACACAGCGAUGAGCCUGUUGAUGCCUUUACAGAACUCGAUUUUCUUGUCUCGACCUAUGUGAACAAAGUCCCUGCAUCUGCUUUAGAAAAAGCGAAGAUGAUCGGCUCGCCGCAUAUGACAAAGUAUGCGGAGUGGAUAGCUAGACAGCAGGAUAUCUUGAGUUCUGAGCAGCCCGCUUUCAACUCACAAGAGUGGAAGGUCCGCUUGGAAGAUGCAUCCUUUAUAAACGGCCUUCAUGAGCGCAUUGAAAAUGGAAGUAAAAGAGGUCUCCUGACGAGCAUUGUCUGUAAAAACCUAAUGCAGUUCAUCUCUGGCGAGAACGGCCCAGUUAGUGUUCUUUUUGAAGGAAAUUUACUUCAAGACACAUAUUCCGAGAUGGCAAGUAUCCCCUAUCAUCAGACUACUUCUGGAAAACAAUUGUUGACAUACAUCGAUGCACUUGCUCACAAAGACCCAGCAAUGAAGUUCAUAGAACUCGGCGCGGGAAGUGGAGCAAUGACCGACUUCUGUAUGAGGACACUGACUACAGACGAUAGUGGCCAAACAAAGCCAUCUCGUUACAGGCAAUGGGACUUCACAGAUCCAUCGAGCUCCUUCUUACCCCAAGCGCAAGAUCUAUUUGCAGCCCAAGGCGAGAGAAUGCGGUUCAUGACCCUUGACAUUGAGCAGGACCCAGCGAUCCAAGGAUUUGAAUGUGGCACGUACGAUGUUGUUGUUGCGUUUCUAGUCAUCCAUGCCACUGAGAACUUGGCUGUUAGUCUCAAGAAUGCUCGGAAGUUAUUGAGGCCGGGCGGAAGAUUUCUCUUAUUUGAGAUCACUAGGCCUGAUGCAAUUCGAACCACAUUCGUCUUUGGACUUUUCGAUGGAUGGUGGCGAGGCCAAGAAACAUAUCGCACGAUGAACCCUUGCGUAGAUGAAGCAAAAUGGGACGAGCUGCUCAAAGAAGCUGGUUAUUCAGGUUGUGACGUCGUCGUCACCGAUUACAAUGACGAGCGGUGCCAUGAAUGCAGUAUGAUUGUUUCGACUGCUGUUAUUGAUGAGCCAACGCGCCCAAGUCACCCUGCAAUAAAUAUCAUACUAAACCCUCUGAGCACAGUCCAGCUGAAAUUGGCUGCCAGGCUUUCCAAGCUACUUCAAAAUGCUGGAAUCGAUAACAUCACGCAACUUACAUUCCAGGAUUGCUUGUCUAACAAAGUGACACCUGACGCGUUGAGCAUCUGUCUACUCGAAACCCAAGAUGAGUUUCUAUAUGAUAUAGAUGAACUUGAUUUUAUUAACUUCCGUGACUUACUGACGCAUACGAGAAGUCUGCUCUGGGUCGAUGGAGGAGGCGGUCAUCAGCCAAACCCCAAGUUCCGACUGAUCGAUGGACUCUUUCGGGUCAUCAGUGAUGAAAACCAGAAUACCAGAUUGACUAUAUUGUCUCUUGAGCCUAUAUCUACUGCAGAGCAUCAAGCAGAACAGAUUCUCAAAAUAGUCACCUCUAUUAUGGGAGACAUGGACAAGCACCUCGAUACUGAGUAUGUUGAGAUAGAUGGAAUGCUUCACGUUGGACGCUUGGUGCAUGCAAGUUCUCUAAAUCAGGAGGUUGCUACAAAGAAGCUUCCCCAGCAAACAGAGACGCGGACUUUUGGCGGGGACCUUCCCCUACGGCUCGAAGUCGGUACUCCAGGUUUGCUCAAUACACUGCACUUUGUCGAAGACAAAAGGAUGCAGGCGCCUCUGAAGCCGAAUGAAAUUGAAAUUAGAUCCAAGGCAGUGGGGCUGAACUUCCGCGAUGUACUGAUCGCGCUGGGAAGACUGAAUAGCAAUACCCUCGGCGGCGAGUUUGCCGGUGAGGUGACGCGCGUUGGGGACGAGUGCCACAAGUUCAAACCUGGUGACCGAGUGGUGGUAUACCAUCCCAGCCACUACGCAAACUACGUCCGGGUGCGCGAGGAUAUGGCGGUUAUAAAGAUCCCCGGAGAUUGGCUUUCGUUUGUGGAUGCCGCUGCAAUGCCAGUGACGUAUGGCACGGCUUGGUUGACACUCAAUCGAAUUGCACAACUCCAGCGGGGGGAAUCGGUGCUUAUCCAUUCCGGCGCUGGGGGUACCGGACAGACAGCCAUUCGAAUUGCCCAGUACCUCGGGGCUACCAUCUUCACUACUGUCUCCAGCGAGAGCAAAAAGCAGUUUCUCAUGGACCAGUACAAUAUUCCCGGCGAACACAUCUUCUCAAGUCGAAAUACGUUGUUUGCGAAGGGUAUUCGCCGUUUGACCGGCAACAAAGGGGUGGAUGUCGUGCUGAACUCGUUGGCAUCCGACGAGUUCAUUGCCUCGUGGGAAUCAAUCGCACCCUACGGCCUUUUUGUGGAGAUCGGUAAAAACGACAUCCUUUCUAAUUCAAAGCUUCCUAUGGGACAGUUCGAAAAGAAUGUCAGCUUCUCGGCGUUUGACCUAGUCGCGAUGAGCGUGGACCGGCCGCAACUGGUCAUUUCUGCCUUGGAGGAAGUAUUUGAUCUCAUAGAAGGAAGAAAGCUUCCAGUUCCUCAGUCUGCACAGAUUUACGAAGUGGGCGAGAUCGAGCAAGCAUUCCGGCAGAUGCAAAGCGGGAAGAAUAUGGGCAAGGCAGUGAUAGAAUUGAGAGACGAUGAUCAGGUAGAGGCUGUUAUGGACACCAAGCCAACAUACGCCUUCGAUCCUAAUGCAACCUACGUGAUUUCUGGUGGUCUAGGUGGUCUUGGCCGGAGCAUCACGCGAUGGUUGGUCGACCGCGGAGCCCGUAAUCUGAUCCUACUUUCUCGAUCGGGUGAUAAGAACCCAUAUGCCAGGGACUUUGUCGCCGAAUUGCAAGAACAGGGCACAAGUGCAGUGACUCCCGCGUGUAACAUCGCAGAUCGUGCAUCUUUGGCAGCUGUACUAGAGUCUUGCACCGCGGACAUGCCGCCAAUCAAAGGAUGUAUCCAAGCGUCUAUGGUUGUCAGCAACUCCCACUUCGAGCAACUCACACUCGACUCAUGGCGUGCAUCCACAGCCCCCAAAGCCCAAGGGUCAUGGAACUUGCACGAACUGCUACCACGAGGCCUCGAUUUCUUCGUCCUCAUGUCAUCCGUUGCAGGUAUCAGCGGGGCUCGGGGAGAAUCCGGCUACGCAGCGGGGAAUACCUUCAAAGACGGUCUCGCGCGAUACCGCAUCGAAAUCGGCGAGAAAGCAGUCGCACUGGACCUGGGACUGUUCCUCUCAGCAGGGUUCUUCAAAGAGAACGAAGAAGCCCGCAAAAGGUUCCUAGCGAACACUGUCCUACACCCCAUCACCGAGUCAGACCUACACGCACUACUCGACAUCUACUGCAACCCAUCCCUCACGUACAUACCCAUCGAAAAUAGCCAAGCCGUCGUCGGCAUCCAGCCCAAAGUCCGCGAAAUGGGCAUGAACACAACCGAAUGGAUGCAGCGGCCCUUGUUUCGACACCUAGCAGCACACGAGCCAUCAUCCUCUAGCACAACAAAUCCCACUAGCAACACCAACUUCGCUGCAGUGUUCGCAACCGCGAAGUCCCUCGACGAAGUAACCGCCAUCCUAAAGCAGGAGAUGCGAUCCAAGCUCUCGCGCAUGCUAUCCAUAUCUAGCGACGAGAUCGACCUCGACAAGCCGAUCCACCAGUACGGCGUGGACUCUUUAGCCGCCGUGGAGCUGCGGAAUUGGUUCGGCCGGGAGCUGCGCGCGGAUAUCGCGAUUUUCGAUAUCCUGGGCGGAGCUAGCAUUGCGUCUGUUGUGGCGCUCGCUGUGGGGAAGAGCGAUUAUCACCGGGGUUGAUUUUCUUUUAUGCAGUGAGCUCAUUAUGUCUAGUGUCUGCAUAUUCGUGGAGUGAUCAUUGAUUGUAGAAAUGAUGGGUAUUAUGAUGGCCCUAAUAGUAAAUUGUAACGAGAUGGUGAAUCAUGGAGUCGGACUCUUUUUAUAACUGAUUUAUCGACACAUUGUCAUCGAGAUGCCG